UGACCGACCUUACGUCCUUAACGAAAAGUGCCGCAGACGAGUUCUUGAAUUCUGUCCUCUGUGGGGAUACUUUGUACAUUUUAGAGGAGUAAUCAUGGGUUUCGAGAAGAAGAUGGUCCAGUACGAUGACCCCGACGAGGAGCAGGAGGAAGAUGCCCCUGCUGAGGAGGGAGAGGAGGAGGAAGAAGAAGAGGAGGAGGAAGACAUGGUGGAUCCUUUAGAAACGAUUAGAACCAAGUGUGGGGAGACUGAACACUGCGUACACUACAAGGAGCUGCUGGAGACAUGUGAAAGCAGAGUCGGCUCUAAAUCCAACACACUAGAGGAAUGCACAGAAGAACUCUUUGACUUCCUGCACGCACGGGACCAUUGUGUGGCGCACAAGCUGUUCCACAAAGUGAAAUGAAACGUCCUGUCCAGCUCUCACCAGCAGCUGUAGAGUCUAACAUUGUAAAGACUGUAGUGUUGUUCUUCUCCUGUGUAUUAAUGUAAAUGAACUUUAUUGAGACUGUAAAACUAAAUGCCAACCUUCCUGUAUACCGAGUCACUGCUUGUAUGGUAAUGAGUGCAUCAAAGUUGUAACAGGUGCAAAGAAGGGGCUCAAACCAUCUCUCACUGAAGUUCACAUGAAUAAGCAAUCAUGCUGCACUGACGAUGCAUAUUUAAACUCCGGUUCGGUCAUGGAUUCAUCACUUUGACCAGGAAUAAAGGUUGUCUUUGGUUUUCAGUAUGUCUGAGUUGCAUCAUUUUGACACAUUUGAUUUUUCGGUGGCAUGACUAAUAAAUUAAGAGUUUUCCCAUUUCAGACGA